UAAAGACUGGUGUUCUGUAUGUCAGUGAGAGAAUAGACAGAGAGGAGCUUUGCGCAGAGGAAUUGAAAUGUUCAAUUAGUGUGGAAGCUGUCAUGAAUAACCCUUUAAAGCUUUACCGUAUUGACGUGGACAUUUUAGAUGUAAAUGACAACGCCCCGUUAUUUACAACGAAAUUGCAAAAUCUGUAUAUCUCAGAGAGCACGCUACCAGGGGUUAAAUUCGCAUUAUCUGAAGCAAGUGAUAUAGAUGUGGGAAGAAACGGAGUCAGUACUUAUAAAUUAAGCCAUAAUGCACAUUUCUCGUUGGCUGUGCACAAAGCAGGUGACAGUGUGUCGGCUGAGUUAGUGCUGCAGAAAGCUUUAGAUCGAGAGAAGCAGCCUGUGAUCACCAUGACACUGAUUGCUGUAGAUGGAGGGAGUCCUGCGAAAUCAGGCACGUCACAGCUCGUUAUAACAGUUUUAGACGUUAACGAUAAUAUGCCGAUAUUCAGCGAAACGUUGUAUAAAACGAAAAUGACUGAGAACGCCCCACUGGGCACAAUAGUAAUUGCAGUAAAUGCCACGGACGCAGACGAGGGCCUCAACGGUGAGAUUGUUUAUUCACUGAGAAGCAAAGAUCAAGACCACGUACUCGAUAUCUUCGAAAUCGAAAGUCAAACGGGAGUCAUAAAGGUAAAAGGCAACAUAGACUUUGAGGAGAAAAAAGCGUUUGAGAUACGUGUAGAGGCCAGUGAUGAAGGGCAACCUCCGAUGUCUGCUCAUUGUAAAGUGCUGGUAGAAGUGGUGGACGUAAAUGACAACGCACCUGAGAUCACUGUGACGUCAAUACACACCACAGUGAAAGAGGACGCAAAUCUUGGCACCGUUGUUGCUCUCGUGUCACUCCUUGAUAAGGAUGGCGGGAAAAACGGUGAGGUAAAAAUUAAAAUUAAAAAUGAAGUUCCCCUGAAACUCGAAACAAACUACAAAAAUUAUUAUUCUCUGUUAGUUGAUGGACCACUGGACAGAGAAAGUGUAUCAAACUACAACGUCACCAUCGUCGCCACUGACAGCGGAACCCCGCCGCUCUCCAGCACGAGUGUACUUUCUAUACUCAUUUCUGAUGUAAACGAUAAUCCACCUCUGUUCCCAGAGCCCCUUAUAAAUGUAUACCUGAAGGAAAACAGCCCAGUGGGAGAAAUUAUUAAAACAGUCACUGCCACUGAUGCUGACGUACACCAGAACAGCCAGGUGAGCUAUACGUUUUUUAAAAGUAACAACAACCCGUCAACUAUGGUAAACAUCAACUCUGAGACUGGAGAGAUAGUCUCCCUGCAGUCGUUUAACCACGAGGAGUUAAAAACGUUUCAGUUUAAAGUUCAGGCCACAGACUCUGGUGUUCCUCCGCUCAGCAGCAACGUGACUGUGAACGUUUUGGUCCUGGAUGAGAACGACAACAGUCCCACCAUCCUCUUGCCCUAUUCUGAGCACGGCUCCGUUAACAGUGAGAGCAUCCCCUACUCAGCUGAAGCGGGAUACUUUGUGGCAAAGAUCAGGGCUGUAGACGCAGACUCUGGAUACAACGCGCUGCUUUCUUAUCACCUCUCUGAGCCCAAAGGAAACAACCUCUUCCGGAUCGGAACCAGCACCGGGGAGAUCAGGACUAAGAGGAGAAUGAGUGACAAUGACCUGAAAACUCACCCCUUGGUGGUGUUGGUGUCUGAUAACGGAGAACCCUCCCUGUCCGCUACUGUGUCUAUUGACGUGGUGGUGGUUGAAAGCACAGCUGACAUCCAGACUCAGUUCAGACAUGUGCCCCCAAAGGAGGACAGCUUCUCUGAUGUAAACCUGUAUCUGCUGAUCGCCAUUGUGUCGGUGUCGGUGAUCUUUCUGCUGAGCCUCGUCAGUUUAAUAGCUGUCAAAUGCCACAGGACAGACGGCAGUUUCAGCAGGUACAGCGCCCCAAUGAUCACCACCCACCCGGACGGGAGCUGGUCUUACUCUAAAUCUACUCAGCAGUAUGACGUGUGUUUCAGCUCAGACACACUGAAAAGUGACGUAGUGGUUUUCCCC